CAAGUUGUGAUUCCCACUGAUCCGAGAGAUCAUAUUCACAAUAAUUUCAUGAAGUCACAUUUAAUAUUCAAUCGUGGUUUCCAAUAUCGAUGAUAAAUAUGUUUUCCUUCACUUGGCUGUGUGUUUUAGUGUCGUUAGUGAAUAUUUCCUAUGGACAAUAUGAAAUUCCACCAGUUACACUGGAAGCCUACAGACCCAGGGGAUUCAGAGCUUCUAUCAAAGCUGAUAACCUAACUGAAUUAUUUGCUUUCCAUGGUAAGCUGAACGAAAAAAUAAACCAAAUAGAGCCUGGAGAAUUCGGUGAAGAUGUUAGGUCACCAGUGGAUGGCUAUUUCACUUAUUACAACCCAAACAUGGAACUGAAAAUCAACGAUGAAGUCCAUUACUGGGUCUUUGUGCAACACAAAAAGCUUGGGUAUAGAAGAGAUGCGCAAGUUUGGAAAGUAACUGAAUUGAGAAAUUCUCCAGGAACAGAAUGCGAACCGAGUGUGACAGUAAUUAGUGAUCGAACAAAGGUCUGUAGAAAUAUGACGAUAUUUGAGGACCAGUUUGGUGGAUCCUCGAUAGAUAUUAGCAAAUGGAUAAUUGAACAGUAUGUUCCUGGACCACCGGAUUACGAGUUUGUUGUUUACAGACCUUAUGAAAAUGUCACAUUGGUGAAUGAUGGCAACUUGGUAGUCAUUCCGCAUCUUGCUAGUGACAAAGAUAUAGAAGCAGACCCACUAGAUCUAACGGAUGGGUAGGUACUUGAGUAGUAUU